AUGGCUCAAGUCACGGCUGUUUCUGUAAGAAGUACCGUCUUAGACGCUUUGAAGUGUCUGGGGGAAUACGUGGCGAAACAAUUGAAAGAAAUCCCAAUUUCAUUCUGGAUAUCUCUACCAGCAUUAUUAUAUGCGACACGUCAGCUUGCGUACCUCUACGGUUUUAGCAAGAAGGAGGUCAUUAUUGGGGGCCGCUCUGUGCACAUGACUUGUCCUGAGGCGGCUAUUGCUGAAGGUGUUAUUGACCCUGCCAAAAUCAAAGAAAAUUUUUCUCAAGUUGGGGGCCUAGAGAACGCUAAAUCGCUACUAAGGGACCAUGUGGUAUGGCCGUUUACGCAUCCGGAAUUGUUCGCCGGGAACACGUUGCGAUCACACCCUAAAGGUGUUCUGCUGUAUGGCCGUCCUGGGACCGGAAAACACUCUUGGCGCGUGCCUUGGCAAAGGAGCUUGGCUGCAGUUUUAUCAACGUGA